CCACCUGUCUUGGCCAGUGUUGUUAAGCGCGUGUGGCCACAGUGCUCGGCAACCCUGCAGCCGUGUGAAUGGGAAUGUAGUGAAGAAAAAAACAGCGAAAUACACACGUAUUUUAAUUAAAUAGAAUUCCGGCUUGUGGAUAUAAGGACACUAGAAGGAUGUCUGCGCGAAUGCUGAAGAAGCUGCAGGGCGACGCUGACAAGCUGGCGCCACCGCCCGAUGACGAGGACUGCGAGGAGCUGAGCGACAAUGAUGAACUGGAGGACAGCGAUAUGCGACGCGACCGAAAGUCGCACCUUAAUCCAUUCGAUUUGCUCAAUCAACCUGGCUUGAGUCUCUCGGAGAGUGAGUUCAAGGAAGAUGACAAUGAAACGGAGCACCCAUCUGCUGCACUGCCCAAUGCAAGUGCCAGCGCGGCCAAGAAGAAGAAAAAGAAGCGCAAGAAGAAGGUCAAGUCCAGUGGGAAUCACAUCAGCAGCGAGGAUAACGAGCGUCACGACAAGUACUUCGAGAAGGUGGAUCCGCUCCUUGGCAAGGUCUACGAUGCGGUGCCCAGACAAUCGGCGAAGCAGGUGGCAUCGGCUGCCACCGGGACCUCUGCCACCAAGAAACUGCUAGCCGUGGAGCUGCGGCACCUCAAUCCGCAGAACGAGAUGCGUCGCACCUUUGGCAAGCGGGUGGUAAAAGUGGAAACCAAGCGCGGCAGGCAGAAGCCCACACUGAAGUCCACCUACAUGGUUUCCGCCAAGGAUUCGUGGCCGGCACUGACCAAAAACACCAUCACUAUGAAGCUGCUGCCCGCCCCCGACUCUCCAUCGGUGUCCUCUAAAUCCAUCACAGAUAGUGGGUCGGAAGUUCAGUGGUUUGCCUUCGAGCAUAGCCAGUACUACCAGGGAGUGCAGCAAAUGUUCCUUUCUGCUCUUGAGCGCAUUGACUCGGAAUUUCUCAUCACACUUAUCAAACGCUGCCCUUAUCAUGUCGACUCCUUGGUCCAACUCAGCGAAGUAUGUAAGAUGACGGAAGACUUUGCCUUGGCAUCCGAACUCCUUGAGCGCGCCCUUCUCCUUCUGGAAUCGUCGCUGCACAUGAACUUCAGUUUGACGUCUGGCAACUGCCGACUGGACUAUCGGAGGCAGGAAAAUCGCUCCUUUUACAUUGUGCUGUUUAAGCACGCCCAGUACCUGGAGGAACGAGCUUGCAGCCGCACAGCCUUCGAGAUCUCCAAACUGCUCUUGAGUCUCCAGCCAGACACUGAUCCCCUUGCCAUGAUUCUAGUCAUUGAUUACUAUGCCUUGCGCAGCAAGCAGUUUGGAUGGUUGGUGGAGUUCUAUGAAGAGUAUAAUGCGGCGAGGAACCUUAAUCAGCUGCCCAACAUGGCCUAUUCGUACGCUUUGGCUCUACACACGCUCCAUGGCGCUUGUGAACGCUCUAACCAGGCUCUGCAAUACGCCCUGCUAAUGUUCCCGGGUGUUCUGCGUCCCCUUUUGGACGAGAUGUCGGUUCAAACGGACAAGAGGGUGCUGGCCUCAUCGUACUUCUUUGCGGAUGUGUCGGGCAAUCAAUCGCCAGCCCUGCACCAGUUGGUUUGUCUGUAUGUGUGCCGUGCACGAGUCGUUUGGCGUCAGAAUGAGGUGCUACCCUGGUUGGAGUCCAACGUGAACAUAGUGUUAGAUCGCAUUGAGAGCAAGGACCCCCUGGUCAAUGAGUACAAGGAGAAGCGAUCACUGCGGUAUAGUGGAACGCCACCGAGGCCUAUUCUGCGGCAUGUCAUACUCUCCGAUUACAAGGAGAAAGUUCCGCUGGCGGUAUUCGUGUCCAAGGAAAAGCAAGCCAUCAUGACCUACGAUCCACUGCCGCCACCAAAUAGCGUUAACUGCUACCAGCGAAAAUCCUCGUCGAGCAGCAGUCCCACAACGAAUACGAACAAUUCUGUAUCAAUGUUUUUUCAAUCGCUGUUGCCUUCGUUUAACAUCAACAACCUGGCAGCAAAUGCUCAGCCCCAAGAAGGAGGACCAGCAGCAGCAGGUGCAGGAGCAGUCGCAGGCGAUGCUAAUAUUGAAGCGGGCAUUGAACAAGGAGCUGCCGGCGUCGCUGGAGCCGUCCGUGAAGGAGAAGAGCAUGGAUCAUAGAAUAUGUUUCGUUUCGUUCAUUUCCCUACAUUUAAUUAAAACAUUAGUUUUCGUUCAAUAACUUUUCUUGGCGGAAUGCGGUAUUUAAAUUUCAUUCCAUUUUAUGAAAUCGACAAACAUCUAAAUUACAAUUUUUUCCGAAAUUCCAAAAGAAUCGCUAUCGGAUAUCGUAGUUACACUUCUCCAAAAAUAUUGCAGAAGCUGGCUUGCAGCAGUCAUUAACUCUAAUGAUGGACGCGAUGCGAGACUUCCUGCAAAACUUCCGGAUUGCGGAGCACUUGCGUUCGCCGGAAACGGCAGCGGCACAAUCCACGAGCAGCAACGACGAGGAGGAGGGCUCCAGUGACUACAUAGACUAGUCAACUUGUCAAUUACGUGAGGCGUAACAACGUUUUUUCGGAUUUGUAGCAUGUAACAUGUUUUUCGGAAACCACCUUUUGCUAUUUUCCCAGCUAAGCGACACCGUCACAAAAUUAAUAUAUACAAUACAUAGAGCAAUUUGAACACAUACAAAACUUAUGCAUUGAAUAAAAUUUUCCAGUACCAGCUUUAGAUCAAAUGCGGCAAAAGUGUGAGCUUAAAGAA